CUCCCUCCUUCUCCUCCCUCUCUCUCUCUCCAGUUUCUUUAUUCAGGUAAUUCCAAGUCAGACUCAUUCCAACUUGUUUUUGACUGACAGUGAGUGAAGGGAGACUGAGGGCUGUGUUUAGGUUGUGGGUUUGGGUUUUUUUGUUGUAGUUUUGUUUUGUUUUUUUUUAAAUCAUGCACAAAUGCUCUAUUGAAAAUACAACCAACCUUUUAUAAAAAAAGACUGCUUGACUUGUCAUGACGAUAACAUCUAGUAAGGAAUCUGAACAUUGCUCUUUUACAGGACUGAAGCAGUAAGAAUGGAAACCACAAAGGUUAAUAUGUCCCGUGUCCCGCUGGUUAAUGGAGGCAUCAACACUGCCAUGCUGAAGGCACAAAAGCCCCGUGUGAUGUCCAAAAGCGGUCACAGCAACGUGCGGAUAGACAAAGUUGAUGGCAUUUACCUGCUCUAUCUUCAAGACUUGUGGACUACUGUCAUAGACAUGAAGUGGAGGUACAAACUCACCUUAUUUGCUGCUACUUUUGUUAUGACCUGGUUCCUCUUUGGAGUUAUUUACUAUGCCAUUGCAUUUCUUCAUGGUGACUUAGAAAUAAACAAGUUUACCCCCAAGCGCGAGCCAUGCGUCAAGAAUGUAGACUCCCUGACUGGGGCUUUCCUCUUCUCCCUGGAGUCACAGACAACCAUUGGCUAUGGAUUCCGUUUCAUUACAGAGGAGUGUCCUCAUGCCAUUUUCUUACUUGUGGCCCAACUGGUCAUCACCACCUUGAUUGAAAUCUUCAUCACAGGUACCUUUCUGGCCAAAAUUGCAAGACCUAAAAAAAGGGCGGAGACUAUUAAAUUCAGCCACUGUGCUGUCAUUACUAAACACAAUGGAGAACUUUGUCUGGUGAUCAGAGUGGCAAAUAUGAGGAAGAGCCUCCUGAUACAGUGUCAGCUGUCUGGGAAGCUUCUUCAGACAUAUGAGACCAAAGAAGGGGAGCAGAUCCUGCUGAAUCAAGCCAGCGUCAAGUUCAAUGUUGACUCCUCUUCAGAAAGUCCAUUUCUCAUUUUGCCUUUAACCUUCUACCAUAUUUUGGAUGAAAACAGCCCUUUGAGAGAUCUCACACCUCAAAAUCUCAAAGAGAAGGACUUUGAGCUUGUAGUGCUCCUGAACGCCACAGUGGAGUCCACCAGUGCUGUCUGCCAAAGCAGGACUUCCUAUAUCCCUGAGGAGAUCCACUGGGGCUAUGAAUUCAUGCCUGUGGUUUCUCUCUCUCCAAGUGGAAAGUACGUUGCAGAUUUCAGUCAGUUUGAGAAAAUCAGGAGAAGCACAGAUUCUACUUUUUAUAGCGUGGACUCUGAAAAACAGAAACUGGAGGAGAAAUACAGGCAGGAAGAUCAAAGAGAGAGGGAACUGAGAACAAUGUUGUUACAGCAGAGCAAUGUUUGAUUGAAUGGACAAGCAAUUCUUCUGGCAAACUGAAAAAAGUACCGUGCUGCAUUUCAGCUAUGAAACCAGCAGUGAAGUCCUGUUCAUCAGAUAGCACUGGUGCAUAGUAAACCUAUCCCUUUCUUUGGCUAAGUUGUUAAGUAUUUUGUAAUUAGGCAGGUUUUCUUGGUUCAUGAUCAUGACUUAGCAAAGUUGUAUUUGUAUUAAGUCUCUGCCUAAUACCACUAUGAAAAGCAGACACAGCUCUUUCCGUUUGAAAAGUGAAACUGGAGGCACUGUUCUGAUUCCUUCACAUAUUUAUUUGACGUGGUUUUUACUGUGAGCAUGCAUUUGCAGAGACAGCACACAGUACAGCUAGAAGAAAAUAUGCUCCUUUUAAAUAUGUGUAUUUAAAAUAUACAUCCUUGUACCAAGUAUUACAUUUGCAGGGAUUCUUUGCACUGGAAGGAAGCUGACUCGAGAAAUGAUAUGGUUGGAUGUGGGAAGAGCCUGCAGGGAGGUGACAAGCUCCUUAAAUAUUGAGGAAGGGUGACAGAGCAGUUGUGCUGGGUGGUGAGGUAGGGAGUUCACACUCUGUCUUUGCCAUUCAGAGUUUGUUUUGUGAUUCUUUUGUCAUUGCUCACUUGUUUAACUUUGUUAAUGCCUGACAUAUAUAAAAGCAAGAAGGGGAGAUGAGGGAAAGAUACACAGAAUCAUAAUGGUAAUCAACUAAGAUUAAAACUGGCUUUGAAACACCUGUUUUUUAUCCAAUGUAAAUAGCUUGUAAUAGCAGCAUAACAAUACGUUUCUACAGAAAGCUUGCUUUGCUAUGGACCUUAUUUAAUUCUGGUUAAAAGAAAGCUGUAAUGUCUUUAGACAAUAUUUACUUUUUCUGGCAACCAUAAAGGACAGCCAUU